UUAAUAACCCCCGCGCAACCGAUUAACAGAACAAUACCUUCUUCUCUGAACAGAGAGAAGAGUCAGCGAGGAAGAACUUCACUCCCAAAUUUCCAAUUCAAUUUUGAAUCCAAGAAACCCUAAACCCCCAAAUCCACCAUCUCCGAAACCAGUUCUCUCUCUACAAUGGAAAACCACAGACCGCAAAACCCAUCCAAGGCAGUAAACGACGCGGUCUACAAGCUCCAACUCGCGCUCCUCGACGGCGUCAAAACCCUAGACCGCCUCUACCUCGCCGCCUCCAUCAUCUCCCGCUCCGACUACACCGACGUCGUCACCGAGCGCUCCAUCGCCGGCCUCUGCGGCUACCCUCUCUGCCCCAACCCCCUACCUCCUUCCGACGCCGCCUCCGGCCACCGCAAAGGCCACUACCGCAUCUCGCUCAGGGAGCACAAGGUCUACGACCUACGGGAGACGAAGCUUUACUGCUCCUCCAAGUGCUUGAUCGACAGCAAGGCGUUUGGGCAGAGCUUGAGCGAGGAGAGGUGUGAGGUUUUGGACAUGGGAAAAGUGGAAAGGGUGUUGAGGCAAUUUGGGGAGAAGGAUGAGGAAGAGAAGAAGGAGAUUGGGGAUUUGGGGAUGUCUGAGUUGAAGAUUGAAGAGAAGAGCGUGAGUUAUAGUGGGGGAUUCGAGGAGUUUGGUCCUUCGAAUGCGAUUGAGGGGUAUGUGCCGAAGAAGGAUAGGGUUUCGAAGGCUUCGGGGUCGAAAAAGAGCAAGCAAGGGUCGAAAGGGAAGGAUGCGAAGAAGCCGAGUGGCGAUGGGAAGCAAUUGAUAAUAAAUGAUAUGGACUUCAUGAGUACAUUACUAGCUUGUGAUGAGUAUACUGUGUCGAAAUUGCCACCGGCUGUGGCCGAGAGUAGUGUUGAUACUGAGAUGAAUAAAUCGAAAGGAAAAAUUGGUGAGAACUUAGAGAGUGGGUAUAGUGUGUUGGAGACCUCGACUGGGGUGGAUGUUGGGGAUUUAGGUAUGUCCAGGUUGAAGAUUGAAGAGGUGGAGGAGUCCUCUGGUGGGAAGGGAGAGAAGUCGAGUGAGGGUACGCUGAGGUCUUCUCUUAAACAUUUGGGGAAAAGGAAACUUAAUCGCUCUGUUACUUGGGCUGACGAGAGGAUUGAUGGUACCGGGAGGGGAAAUCUUUGUGAGGUGAGAGGUAUGUUGGAUGGAAUAGAAUAUCCUGGUGAAUUUGGCAGCAUGCACAAACCUUCUACAUCAAGUGAAGCCGGUUCCUCUUGUAGUUGGGUUGAUAAAACGAUUGAUAGUACUAAGAGUGAAAAUAUUUGUGAGGUUAGAAAAUUGCAAGAUGCAAAAGAGGUUCCUGAGGCAUUAGGCAGUUCAGUCUCACUACAUAAUGAGUGGUUUGAGUCAGCAGAAGCCUGUGCUGCAGCAUUAAGUCAGGCAGCUGAAGCUGUUUCUAUCGGGGAAUCUGAUACUAAUGAUGCUGUGUCAAAAGCCGGAAUUAUUAUAUUGCCACAACCAGAUGGUAUGGAUGAAGAAGAGUUCAUAGUAGAUGGUGUGGAUGAAGAAGAUUCCUUAGAGGAUGAUCUGGAUGAAGAAGAGUCUACAGAUGAUGGUGACAUACUUGAACCAGAACAUGCUCUUUCAAAGUGGCCAACAAAGCCCGAAAGUUCACAGUAUGAUUUAUUUAACCCUGAGGAUUCUUGGUUUGAUGCUCCACCAGAUGGUUUCAAUUUAACGUUAUCUCAUUUUGCAACAAUGUGGAAUGCACUCUUUACAUGGAUAACUUCAUCUACAUUGGCUUAUAUAUUUGGCAAGGAUGAUAGUUCCCGUGAAGAGUUUCUAUACGUCAAUGGAAGAAGUUAUCCACAUAAGAUUGUGUUGGCAGAUGGUCGGUCUUCAGAAAUCAAGCUAACUGUGGGUGGAUCUCUUUCUCGGGCUCUACCAGAAAUUGUUGCUGAACUAGGCUUAUCAGUACCUAGUUUAGAGAAAGGAAUGGGCUUCAUGUUGAAUACAAUGUCGUUUAUUGAGGCGAUACCAGCAUUCAGAAUGAAACAGUGGCAAGUGAUUGCUCUUCUUUUCAUUGAGGGUCUCUCUGUUUGUCGGAUCCCAGCUCUUACACCUCGCAUGACAAACAGAAGGGUACUGAUACAGAAGGUGCUGGAUGGUGCUCGUAUAAGUGCAGAAGAGUAUGAGAUCAUGAAGGAUUUCCUGAUACCCCUUGGCCGAGCCCCCCAAUUCUCAUCUCAAAAUGGUGCUUAAUUACAUGGAAUACUGAGUGCUGACUUCAACCCUCGUCAACACUCAUCUUCCGUCGACGUCGUUUGCGAUAACUGCCACCGUCAUUUUGAAAGUUCCGAUUUCUAGGUUCAGCUUCAACUACAGUAUGUGAAGCUUAGACUUGAAACUUUCAUAGUCAACAGUAGUAGUUUGGUGUCUAGUUGUGACCAGACGACAUGGCUCAAAGUUGCGAGGUGCAUUGUACAUGUUUUCCAAAUGCUUGCACAAACUGAAGUCACUCAUUCAAAUAUCUACGGAUUCGUGAAUGUACAGUCAGUAGAAAACUCUGUAGCGCAUUAUAGUCUUGGUCUUGAAUUAUCAUCAUGGUGGGUCAAAUUACCAAAAUAGGUGAAGCAUGAGGACGAUAAGGGUAAUCAUAUUCAUAUUCUCGAUUAGGUUUGACCUUAUCUAGCAUGAAGCACGAGUCUUCGAUUCAGACGCGCUUGGUGGUCCGUAAGUGGAAAAACCUCACUUAUUGUCUCCUGUCAUUUUCACGAGAUGGGCUUGGGCCUAAUUUUUUUACCCGUGUACCCACACGAAUAUUCGAAUCUUUUAGGAAUUUCAAUCUGGGCGCUCCCUCUCUUGAUGACAGGGGCACCCCUGAUGUAAUUAACUGAGCAAUUAGGUGAAAUAUCGGUUUCAUGUUCUCUCCUCUUUUU